GGGAUGUCGAAUACCAGACUCUACCUCGGUGAUGGAGGCAGAAAAAGAGGUCCCGGGGUCUAACAAACACAGUCAUGAAGGUGACUGGGAGUGCGAUCCACGCAAUCCGUUCAAUUGGUCGAUAUGGAGAAAGUGGAUGGUUAUGUUGACGUCUUAUUUAAUAACCUUUAUGAUCGGGCUGAAUGCUACUUCAAUCACAACGGCUGGAGAGGCAAUUUCUGUCGACUUUGAUCUGGAUAAUGGCAUUUUCGAAUAUAACUUUUUCUCCGUGACGGCGUGGAAUGCAGCCGCGGCUUUUGUGCCGUUGGUUACGCUGCCAUUGAUGGAGACAUACGGAAUGAGAUUAGGCUAUUUGACUGCAUACGCCCUCUUCACCAUCUUCACCAUCCCCCAAGCACUCGCCAAGAACUUUGCCACUCUCGUCGUCUGUCGUGUUCUCGCCGGCGCCUUUGGCGGAACACUGCAAAACGCCCCAGACGGAGUGGCAGCGAAUAUGUUCCGCACGGCCCAAGAACGUGUAUUCCCAUUGACGGUGUAUGUCUUUUCGCUGCUGUUUGGUGUUACCCUAGGCCCGGUUUUGGGGGCUGUGGUGGAGCCGCUUGGUUGGCAUUGGAUAUUCUGGAUUCAACUCAUGAUAAACGGUGUCUGCGCUCCGAUUCUUUUCUUCGGGAUGCCAGAGAGUCGGGGUGAACUCAUCUAUGGCAAGAUAUCCAACACGCUAUCGACACAGUCCGAGAAUGCCGAAGCAGCGCAUCUUCUCAAAGAGACUGUCGUUCGUGGUGCUAUCCUCCUCACCACCGAACCUACUGUUACUUCGUUUACCGUGUGGUCCGCUUUUGCAUUUGGUCUCGUCUUCAUCUCCACCCAAUCCGUCCCGAUCGUGUUUACGGGGACGUACGCCUGGCCGGGCUUUACAGGAGGCAUCGUGCAGCUAUCUCUCGGGAUAGGCCAGAUAAUUGGUCUAUUUGCCUUCCUCAUCCAGAAGAAUAUCUAUACAGCAUCUGUAGCAAAGAAUACAGAGAGACCAGGAACUCCGAUCCCAGAAAGUAUCCUGCAUCUCGCUAUCCCGAGUACUCUGAUCGGUCUGGCUGGUGGAUUGUUCAUGUACGGCUGGUCUACGUUUCAAUCGCAUUGGAUCGUUCCUGCUAUCGGACUUGGUCUGGUUGGAUACGCAAGCAUGAUCAUCGUGAAUACAGCGACUAUCUACGUUACGGAUGCUUAUCCUGGCUACGCAGCGAGUGCCAUUGCGGCAGUCGCGUUUGGAGAGAAUACCUUUGCGGCUUUCUUGCCAUUAGCUGCGAAACCGAUGUAUGUGAGGCUGGGAUAUGCGUGGGCGAGUAGUUUGCUGGGCUUUGUGGCGCUUGUGCUGACUCUUGCGCCGGUUGUGCUGUUAUGGAAGGGAAGGACGAUUCGGGCAAAAAGUGUUGCUAUUCAGAAGAUGGGAUGACCAAGCAAUAAUAUAACAUUAAUAUUGACGACAUCUCAGCAAAUGUCAUAGACGAUCUACCGC